GGCUGGACCGAGGCACUCUCUUAGAGCAUAACGGGAGUUGUAGUUGGGGGGCGUCCCGGGAAGGUUCCGGGUGACGCCUUCUGGUCCGGGGGCGGACGGCGAUCACAGCGCUCCUCGCCUGAAAGGAGGAGGAACUGGCCACUGGGAGGAGGCUCUAGUGAGGCCUGGAAGGCUGUGCACCCAGGCAGGGGAGGGGAUUCGGGGUUGAGGGGCGGCAAGUAGUGCGGCUGAUAUGCUUCUGGGGUCGUGACCGCUCGGGGACCGAAGCAGAACCUGGCCAGACCCAGCCUGGAGGCCUCGCCUUCGUCGGCCUAUCUUCAUCGGCCAACUAGGCCUCAUAGAGGUUCUUUUUCGUGUGACCGCCCGGCUUCCUUCCCUGAUUUUCUGACCGGGAGAUGGCCUCCCCCAGCCCCCCGCCCGACCCAAAGGGGUUGCUGACAUUUGAGGAUGUGGCUGUGUUUUUUACCCAGGAGGAGUGGGAUUAUCUGGAUCCAGCUCAGAGAAGCCUGUAUAAAGAUGUCAUGAUGGAGAAUUAUGGGAACCUGGUCUCACUGGAUGUUUUGAAUAGAGAUAAGGAUGAGGAACCAACUGUGAAACAAGAAAUUGAGGAAAUUGAGGAAGAAGUGGAACCACAGGGUGUAAUAGUUACAAGAAUCAAAAGUGAAAUUGACCAGGAUCCCAUGAGUAGAGAAACCUUUGAACUUGUUGGUAGGUUAGAUAAACAGAGAGGAAUUUUCUUAUGGGAAAUACCCAGGGAAUCUUUGACCCAGGAACAGAGAAUGUUUAGAGGAAACACUAACAUUAUUCGUAAAAGACCAAACUCAGAAGAGAAAUGCCAUAAAUGUGAAGAAUGUGGAAAGGGUUUUGUCCGCAAAGCCCAUUUCAUUCAACAUCAAAGGGUUCAUACUGGUGAGAAACCUUUUCAAUGCAAUGAAUGUGGGAAAAGUUUUAGUCGCAGUUCAUUUGUGAUUGAACAUCAGAGAAUUCAUACUGGGGAAAGACCCUAUGAGUGUAAUUACUGUGGAAAAACCUUUAGUGUGAGCUCAACACUUAUUAGACAUCAGAGAAUCCACACUGGAGAGAGACCCUAUCAGUGUAAUCAGUGUAAACAGAGCUUCAGCCAGAGAAGGAGCCUUGUUAAACAUCAAAGGAUUCACACAGGUGAGAAACCUCAUAAAUGUAGUGACUGUGGGAAAGCCUUCAGUUGGAAGUCACACCUUAUUGAACAUCAGAGAACUCACACUGGUGAAAAACCCUAUCACUGUACCAAAUGUAAGAAAAGCUUUAGUCGAAAUUCAUUACUUGUUGAACAUCAGAGAAUUCACACUGGGGAAAGACCACAUAAAUGUGGUGAAUGUGGGAAAGCCUUUCGAUUAAGUACGUACCUUAUACAACACCAAAAAAUCCAUACUGGUGAGAAGCCUUUUCUUUGCAUUGAAUGUGGAAAAAGUUUCAGUCGGAGCUCAUUCCUUAUUGAACAUCAGAGGAUCCAUACAGGUGAAAGACCUUACCAGUGCAAAGAAUGCGGGAAAAGUUUCAGUCAACUUUGCAACCUUACUCGGCACCAGAGAAUUCACACAGGAGACAAGCCCCAUAAAUGUGAAGAGUGUGGGAAAGCCUUCAGUAGAAGCUCAGGUCUUAUUCAGCAUCAGAGAAUCCACACUAGAGAGAAGACUUUUCCAUACAGUGAAACUAAGGAAAGUUUUGAUCCAAAUUGCAGCCUUGUUAUACAGCAGGAAGUCUACCCUAAGGAAAAAUCUUAUAAAUGUGAUGAAUGUGGGAAAACUUUCAGUGUUAGUGCUCAUCUUGUACAACAUCAAAGAAUUCACACUGGUGAAAAACCCUACUUAUGUACCGUAUGUGGGAAAAGCUUCAGUCGGAGCUCAUUUCUUAUUGAACAUCAGAGAAUCCACACUGGUGAAAGGCCCUAUCUGUGCAGACAGUGUGGCAAAAGCUUUAGUCAGCUUUGUAAUCUUAUUCGACAUCAGGGAGUUCACACAGGUAAUAAACCCCAUAAAUGUGAUGAAUGUGGGAAGGCCUUUAGCCGGAAUUCAGGCCUUAUUCAGCAUCAAAGAAUACACACUGGAGAGAAACCUUAUAAGUGUGAGAAGUGCGACAAAAGUUUUAGUCAACAGCGCAGCCUUGUCAACCAUCAGAAGAUACAUGCAGAGGUGAAAACCCAAGAAACCUAUGAAUGUGAUGCUUGUGGCGAAGCUUUCAAUUGCCGCAUAUCUCUUAUUCAGCAUCAAAAAUUGCACACCACUUGGAUGCAAUAAAUGUGGGGAGAUACUUAAGCACAGUUUGACUUGAGAGUAGCUGCCCAAGUGCAGUUUCAGUAUGGCUCAACAUGUGUCAGAUUUAGUGAUAAAGCAAAUUCUUGGCCUCAGGCAAAUGGUUUCUAAAGAUUCUGUGAAUAGUGGGCAAGUGCCCACAGGCAAUUGAAGACUUCCAUUAUUAUUUGUUUUGACGAUUAUAGAGAAAGACUAUUUAGGCAUCUUUCUUUAACAAAUCAAUCAGCAGAGAGAUUAAACCCAGGUUCAGAGCACUUGGUUAAAAUUAAUAUGAGAGACAAAGUUGCGUUAAUACAAGGGAGUUGGAAAGGCACUGUUUAAACUAGAAUAAUUAUAUAGAGGGUCCUCUGCCACCAUUCUGUGGUGGUUCUUUCAGUUCCAUGAUAUAUUUGGCUAUGGAUGGCAAAGUCAACUAAUUAAGCAUAUGAUAAAAUUUUCAAGGAAACAAAGCCCCUUUUCCUUUUUUUAUUUUGGGAACUGGUAUCCAAAGUUUUUGUCAUCAAGAAAGACAGUUUGGCAUGUGUUUAAAGAAAGGCUCUUUGAAUGCCUUGUGGUUCCCAGAUCUAUAAAGUGAGUGACCAUUAAUUUUACAUGUAAAGAUUAUGUGAGUAACUAACAAACCUAGCAAAGGUGUUACCAAGGAACCUUUGGGAGUGCCUUUUCUUUUUUUUUUUUAGAUGGGCCCAGAACGGUGGAGGAAGACACUACUUUUUGUGUUCUCCCGUCUGUGAAAGAUAUUUGUAUUUCUCUACAAAAAAUCUUACUCCACCACUACCAGUAGCAUGUGAAAGUGUACAUAUUUUGAUUACCAAGAGUUGGCAAUAAAAAGACCUGGAGUCUGUGCUAGAAAGCUGAGAUAUUUUGGUAUUGCUUUGGUUUUAAUGGUAACUAGACUUUGCAUGCAAUUUUAAAAUACUUAUUUAUGGUUCUAGGGCUUCCCUUAGUUAAUGGUUAUUAUAAACCUAUUAAUUCACCUGGUUUAAUCAUUAAACCUGUUUUUGUUUUUGUUUUUACUUUGGGUAAGAGUUCUUUGUUACUUUAGAUAAAAUCUAUCCUGUCAAAUACAUUACUUCAUUUAAAAAUAAGAAUCCAGGAUUUAGAGGAAAUUGCUCUCUCUCAUUCUACAUGUGACUACUUACCUUUUCUGGGAUAGUACAGCUACAGUUAAUUCCAGGUUCUUUAGUUUCUGAAUGUAGAAUUCCAAAUCUCCAGAACUCUGUAAUUCUAACUUCCUAAUGGUUUGAACAAAAGCCCUACUUGUCCCCGAUAACCUAGACAUUCUAAACACCACCUCUAAACUUUCAUCUUCCCAUCACUGAAUAUAUGUGUGUGCGUGUGUGUAAAUGUGGAUGUUGUGGUACAUUUGUGGAAAUGUACCUCUCUGUGCAUUCCCUUAUUCAAAUUAGGUACUCAUAGUUACCAUACAGUUAACUCUUCAAAGCAGAGCUUGUGGCCCAGUGAAAAGUGGAAAAAGUAAUUGAAACAUUUGAUUCUUCAAUAAAAUCAUCCACCUGCCCUAAAUCUCCCCAGCUUUACUAAUUCUAUAGCAGUGGUUCCCAGGCUAAGGUCUCAACUAAUAAUAAGGUUCUUAGGCCUGUUCUCAGUAUUCUGAAAAACCUAAUGCGAAGUGUAUGUUUUAAAUGCAUGCACACUAUGACAAUUGCUUUGGUUUUUGCUGGAAUUGCAUGUUUCUUGUAUGCCAGCUUGCUUAGCAGAAGCUCUGAUUGUUGACAUUGUAAUGUGGGGCCAUGGUCGUGUGAUGUAGUCCUACUAAAAUUACAUAGUUUUUAACACCCUUGGAUGUGAAUCUGGAGUGACAGCUCCAAACUCUAGUAUGAGACAGUUCUUGGCGAUACGUACAAUUCAUAGCUUAUAAAAAGCAUAGCCAAAAAGGUGAAUUUUUAAAAAGCAAGCUCACUACAAAAAGGAUACCAGUAUGAUAAUUAGAAAGUCAUUAAUGAAUUCUAUAAGAGCAGCUUCCAAAAUUGGGAAGAGCCUGUUUUCAAGGGGUUAAGUAGUUUCUGCAAAGUGUAGAUCAUCAGUUCCCAAAUGCUAUCAAUUCAGGACAAGUUAACUGUCCCACAUUCAAAUGGUAAAAAUAAGGGCAAUAUAACAUCUUUGUAAAAAAGUAAUUUGAAGGCCUUUCCUCUGAAAUUAUGUCCCCCCCUUUUUUUAAUAAAAAAGGCUUUUUAUAAUAAUAGUAAUUUUAGGGAUGAUCUGUUGAAUAUAUAUGCAUCUUUAGUUUUAAAAAAAAUUUACAGCUCUUAUUCUAUCCACUUCAUUUUACUGGUCUAUAAAAGGGAAUAAAAAGUAGAUUACUUGUCUGUGAAUAUAAAGAAGGACAGAGAUCAAGAUUAAAGAAAAAUCUGAGUAUUUUUCCAUCUGAAAAGGUAGUCAGUUGAAGAAAAGGAAGAUAAAGGAGAGCAGAUGGAAAUAGAUUAUCCUAUUAGAUAAGCAAAAAUUCUAACAGUAAUGGAAGGAUUUUCUUUAGAGGUUUUCUUCUGCCAAUUUGGGAGAAAAAAAAGAUUUCAUGUCUGUUGAGGGGAAGGGGAAGAAGUAGAGUGCAUUUGAGAUUACCCAUUUUUAAACAGUCAAAUUCACAUUUUGAGAGGGAAGGGUUAAGUAGACACCAUUAGGGGUAGAGUUGGGAACCUUGUCAAUAGUAUAGGUUUUGGAGUCAUAGCUGAGGAGAAUGGAAGAGAACCAAACAAUGGAAGAGCUUCUGGGGUUUUAUUUGGGCCCAUCUAAAGAACUAUGAAUAUUUAAUGGAAUUACACAGAUUCCUUGGGAUUGACACAUGAAACGAUUUUGAAAGAAAAUUAGGGUUAAAGUAGAUGAAGUAAAAUAUGAAUUAGUAAAUGUAUUCAGGUUCUCCAGAAAAACAAUCAGUAAACCAAUAAGGUAGCAGAUAGGAAGGAAGGCAUUGGCUCAUGUGAUUAUGGAGCCAAGCAGUCAUAAUAUGUCAUCUCCUAGCUGGACAACUAUGAAGUGGUAUAAUUCAGUCCAAAGGCUCAAGAACCAAGACUGCUGAUGUCCAAGGACAGAAGAUGGGUGGCCCAGCAUAGGCAGAGAGCAAAUGGGCCCUUCCUCCACCUUUUUGUUCAGUGAAUAAGAUGCCCACAAGCACUGGUGAAGGCCAUCUUUUAGUCUACAGAUUCAAAUGCAGAUCUAGAAACAACCUCAGAGACAGGCCCAGGCAAUGUUUUACGAACUAUCUGGCAGCAAUUAGCCCAGUCAAGUUGAGACAAAAUUAACCAUCACAGUAGAGAACAUUUUUAAAUGAGCAGAUAAAAGUCUGGUGGCAAAAAAAAAUCACUAUAAUACUCUAAUUUUGGUGAGUGAGGCAUUUCACUUUGACCUGUCUUUCCUAAAGGAGGAUGUCAGCAAAUCAAGGGGCAGAUACACAGAAUAUCCAGAAUAAACUUCAAACCUUUCUUAAAUCUAGUCCAGAUAUUCCAUUUUUUUACAGUUACUGUUCUUAAUUGGUAUUUGAUACCUUUUGUCCUCUGCCUCCUUCAAAAGUAUUCUGUGGCCUUGGGUGGUUGGUGGGGGUGGGUUGAUUGAUUUCUUUUUAAUUAAGGCCAUCUCUGUAACCAUGAUGCAUAGACAAGUAAAGGAAGAUAUACAUUUACUGCACAAGUGGUACAAGUUCAAUUAACAUGCAUCUUUUAAAUACCUGCCAGGUGCUAUGUUUAUAUAAGUAUUAGUUGCAUAGUUGCAUCAAGCAGUCCUUUAUCCUCCUGGAGACUUUGGGGAGUGAAUAGGAAGCCUCAUGUGUUCCACACCACAAAGAUGAGAAAAAUCACCUAACUUUACAAAACACUGAGUUUGAUACAUUUUGCACAAAUAAAACAUCGCAUAUCUCUGUCUGUGCUAUUUCCUGUCCAGGAGCCAUGUUCUCAAGAACACACCUCGUGGAGUGGUUAAGGCACACCUCCAUAUCACAUGACAGGCACUACGGCCCUGGAACAAAGUGCACUCUUGACUUUUUUUGGCCUGUGAAUUCCCUCAAGGCAAAACCAGAGCAGGACAAGGAAAGGCUGGAAAUGGCUGUAGAAAGAUGUCCUGACCUUGGAUAUCUUAAGAGGAUGUUUCUCUAACCUUGGGCUGCAGCCUUACCCUGAUUGUUCUAAACUGCCAGAAGAAUCAGUGCUGUGUUUAGAAGAUGCUCUGUAUUUCACUGUGCCCUGUACUCAAAGGGCUCACUCAGUUCUAUGCAUGUAUGUAAGCCUCUUUUUGAGAACUAGAUGUAGGAGCAUUUUGAAUUUUCAUUUCCUCCAGUGCUUGCCUCUCGAGUUGCAAUAAACAGAGACUUUAUUAGAGUGUUAAAUCGCUAUGCUCCAUAGGGAGAGUUUUUGUUGUUUUCUCCCAUCUGAAGAUAAAUGUCCACUCAUCAACAUACACCAACAAAAAGCUAGGCCCCACAUUGGAUUAUUAUUAUACAUACUUCGCUGUGUGCCAGUUACCUCUCAAUCCUCUACAUUCAAAAAACUAAUAACUGUCAGCAAUACCUUUAUCAUAUUAUUCCCUGCUCAAAACUUUUUCACAGGUCCCUAUUUCUUACUACAAGGUAAGGCUUUCUGUAAUAUCCCUGCCCAGUCUCCUCUUACCCUCCAUGGUGCCCCUGCACUUGGCCUCAUCAUUCUCAUCUAAUUCCAACAAUUUCCUCAACACAUACAUCUAUACUUUAGUUAGUACAGUUAAUUCAUAUUCACUCCCACUCAAGUGCCUUUACCAUUCAUCAAAAACCAACUUGGGAUAGGAAAAAUAUAUUUAUUCACAACUUACGUAUCUGGCACUCUACAUAAAAUAUUGCUAACCUCACAGCAACCCUGCCUUACAGACAAGGAAACUGAAGCUCAAGUUCCCAAGAUCAGAAAGCUAGCAAUAAACUAAUUCAUCCCACCUUUUUAAUGUCCUUUGGUCUGAGCACCUAGCCUAUGCCACUGUGAUUUAGUACGUAAUAUAUUGUGUACUGUUUUGUUUCCUAAUUGUUCCCUGUCUUCCUCCUCUCAAUGGUAAAUGUACAAGGACCUUGUAGUAUCUUUGCAGAGCCCAGCAUAUAGAAGGUGCUGGAUGAAUACUUGUUGCCUGAUUUUAAAUAUGUUCACAUAUAUUAAUGCUCAAUAUUGAGAGCUAAACUAUUUCAGGAAGCUUAGGACAGAUGUGUUAUAGCUGGAAAAUCAUGUUUAUUUAAGUAUUGAAGAAACAGCUGUGACAGGCUGUAUUGAAUUUUGCCAUUAAGCCUGUCUCUUAAUUCAUCCUUUCUAGGAAAUAGGCUUACAGAAUUGGUAGUAUUACAUGAGUCUCCAGGCUCUACAGAGCAUGGGUAAUUCAUCUUUAAUCUAGAAGUAUGGCAGAUACUGUUUCUAAGGACAGGUUCACAAUUCUUUAUCUGAAAGCCUUGAGAGCACAUAUGUUUUGGAAAUAAGAAUUUUUUCUAGAGUUAAUAUAGUGCUUAUGGUAUGUACUGUAUGUACAACUACCCCUGCAGAGUCUGAGUCAGCACUUACAAUCAGACAUGUUAAUAUCUCUGCAUCCCAUCAAGUGGAAUAAAGAUGAUAACCUGGAGUCAGAGUUUGCCACCAAAUAAUUUGCUGCAAGCUUAUAAGAAAACUUGGUUUGCAGAGAUUUUUGGAUUUUAAAAUUGUGGAUAAGAAAAUGUGAACCUGCUAUUGAGAUGUAUUGACUCAUUUAAUCUCAAUAAUUUGCAGUACUAAACUUUAUUUGGGAUAAGAGGAAACUGAGCCACAGAAAUGUUGUAUAAUGUGCCCUAGGUCAUAUGGCUAAUAAGUGGCAGAGCCAGCAUUUGAACCCUGACUGUCUGACUCUGGAACCUGUGCUCUUCACCAACAUGAGUACUUCCUCCCAAGGACUUUGCAGGUCACACUGACCUUAGUCUCACCCACUGGUUAUGUGACCUUGGACAACUUCCUUACCACACAGGACACCAGUUUCGUCUACUGUUGCUAUGAGUAAAAUGUUGCUAUCAGAUGGAGUCUUUACCCCAGGAGAGUUAAAUAAGAUGAACAAAGUCACAUUCCUGCUUUGCCCAAAGCGUGCUUCAAGGUUUGUAUAAGUUUUCAGAGGCUUAUAUUUUCAUUGUCACAGGUGGCUUCUGCUAAAUUAAUUCACAUUAUGAAUCAUUACAAAUUGUCUCAGUAUCUUAUUUUUGUACAGCAUGGUGUAAAUUCACAUGUGAAACUCAGCUCUUCCCCUCAAGAAGACAAGUAUCUUUAGAUUGCUUGAUAUUUCUUUCCAUAUUAGAAGUCUGUUCCCCAAAACAAAAAAGAAACGAACAAAAUAGCAGUAGAAUCAUAGAUACUGAGAAGAGACUGGGGUUACCAUGGGGGAGGAGUUUGGGUGAGUGGGUAGGGAAGGUGAGGGGGAGAAAUGGUGCACCAAAAUUCUCCGUUGUAAGUUGGUCACAGAGAUGGUAAUACAGCAUGGAGAAUAUAGCCAAUGAUUCUGUAACAUCUUCCUAUGUUGACAGUAAUGACAUUAGUGGAAGUGAGUAUUUAAUAAUAUGAGUAACAGUUGAACCACUGUGUUGUAUGCUUGACACCAGUAUAAUGUUGUAUAUCAAUGAUACUUCAAUUUAAAAAAAGCUUGUUACCUACCUCCCCACAAUUUCAUAUUGCCCUAGCUUCUCACUUGCUGCCUUCUCUCUUUCCUCUCCUUUUUCAUUUCUUCCUUUCUACUCACUCAUUUCCUUCCCCUUCCCUCCCUUUUCUACCCUUUCUUCUUCAGAGCAAGAACAAAGUCCUCUUUCUAUUCCUUCAGGCACUUAGUAAUUUUUGGUGACCUUGGCUUUUGAUACUUAUGCUUUCAAGACAUCAUCUUCUCCCAGUGAAUUAUUGAAGUUUUCUUACACAAAGUCACUCCUAGAGAGUGCCUUCCCUCUUGCCCUCCAGGCACAGCCAGGCUAAAUGAGAGUCCUCUUUUUCUGCACCCAGAUAUACUGAUAGACUCUUCUCCCCUUCCUAACCCCAGUCAAUGGCAUUUGUGUUUCUUGCUUAACUACUUAAUUGUCUAAUAUGCAAAUGUCAUGGCUUUCCUAAAGCUGAAACUUCUCUUAAUUAUUUUAAGUGCUGAGACCCAGCUUUUGUUUUUAGUAGGUGUUCUGAGUAACUACUAGAAUAAAUCUGACUGUACCAAAAGCUAGGUAGCCAUUAAUACAUUCACUCAGUGAUCAUACAAUUAAAGAAAUUGAAGUCUGUAGCCUCCUAACACUGGUCAUAUUGCCCUGAGUCGAGGAAAUGACUGGGGUUGAGAUUUCAAAGACAGCUGUAGUGCUUUAGCCAGGAAAAUACAUCAGAAAAUAGCCAGGGAAAAUGCAUUAUAUAUAUCCUCAACCCCAGUGAAAUGUAAUUUGGCCUUGACCAAAAGACGUAAAAAGCAGCCUUGAUUAUAAAUUCAUGCUCAACCCAUAAAUGAGAAUCUGAGAGGUUUCUUUAUGAUAUAGGGUCAGUGAGGCUGGUAAGCUCUAGAUGAAAAAUCUCUGGUAGAAGAGUUUUGUCAUACCAGGUAUUACCAGCAUUUAGGAUAGCUUAGCACACGGUAGGAGCUCAGCUACUUGAAUGACAGCUGAUUGAAUGAGUGAUUGCAAUAAGAAAUGUAGGAGACCUGUAACACUGGAGGCAGAGCUAUUGUAUACUGCCUGUUGCCCUGCCUUGCCCUACCUUCCUCCCUUGGCCAUGUGCCCAUCAUAGAAGAAAGAGACCUGAAUUCUAAUCUCCCAGCUCUACUCUCCAUCCCUAAAUAUGUGACCAUCAGCAAGGAAUGUAACUGUUCUAGGCUUGGUUUUAUCACCUGUAAAACAAAAGCCUUGAGCUAAAUGAACUCUAAAGUAGGUUUGAGUUGUUUAUAUGAAUAUAGUUGUCUUUAGAAAAGUAAUAGAGGUGCAUGGAAAUAAAUACUCAAAUGUUGUAGAGGCAUAUAAUAAGUAAGAAUCUUCCUGUGCCCCAUUCCCAGGUCUUUCCUCUCUGAAGAAACCGCUUGGGGCCAAUUCUGUCUUGUCCUCUAAUAUGCUUAUGCCUCUAUUUCUUAAUGUAUCUACUCUGAGCAAUAUCAUUUAUCUUUGCACUUUCCAAUACAAAGAAUUUAGUUUACUACCUCCUCCUAUAUUUUAAUUAUCAAAAUGAAUAAUGUAAUGAUUUAGAUCCAUUUCCUUUAUUACUUUAAAGUACUAUUACUACUUUACUGCUAUUAGUAUUACUUAUUACUUUAAAGCACUACUUGUUUUUUUAAAACACUGUUUUUUAACCCACCAAUUUUAAGUAGUAUCCAGAUUCCCCACUAAAUAAACUGGUAUUCACUUUGCUUUUUUCAGGUCUCCUCUUGAAUUUCCUAGCUUCUGUCAGCUAAGUCAUUACCUUCUUUUUCCACCAAAAUCAUUACGUUUUUGUUGUCCAAAGUUACAAUGUUUAAAUUCUCUUUUGUAGCUAUUGUUGUCUUUAAUGCUUUGUCUGUAGGUGAAUUCAGCAGAUUGAAAACCAAUAAAGUACAAUUAUGUGAAUAUUUAUUGCAAAACUAGGUAGUGUGCUUGGAUGUACAGAGGAGGAUGUGGUCCUUUGUCACCAAAUCUGGGCCACUUGAAGAAUAGUCCAAGCAUCAAAGUCAUAUUGAUUCUCUUAUUAUGCUCCAUAUGUUGCUCAAAAUCAUUUUACAUUUUACCUUGCUUCACAUGAAUGGCUUUUAGUUUUAAAUAUCUUCAACUUUGAAAUCUAGCAUGACAGUUCUCAAACUUGGCUGCACUUUGGAAUCACCAAGGGAGUUUUAAGGAGCACUGACAGAGAACCCCCACCCCCCAUCUAGCGUUCGACUUAAUUGGGCUGGAGUGUGGCUUGCAUCUGGGUUUUUUAAAUUUUUUCCACAUUAUUCCAAUGAGUAGUCAAAGUUGAGAACCCUCACCAUUAAUGUAAGUCAUGUCUAGUAGAGUCAAAGGUAAUGAAAUACAGAGCCCUUUGAAAGCACAAGCAGAAAGUAAAACCUGAGACCAACGGAAGGUUCAUAGAAAAUUUUAUUUCUUUUUUGGUUGUAGCUGUCUCCACAACCUGCCAAUGCGAAGAUGGUUUGAUAAGACAUAAUUCCUGCAUUCAGCUUCUGAGGUGUUUCAUUUGGUGGUCAUUAUUUGGAUGGAGAGCUGAUUUUGUUUUAAAGUCUAUUUUUUUCUUAGUCAGUCUGGGGAGCUGAAGUGUUGCAAGGAAACCAUUGUGAACUUCCAUCAGAUCCUUAAUAUUCAGAUGUAGGUUUCAAUGACUGAUUUUCUUCCUUGUGUCUAAGAA